AUGAGAGUAGACGUAUUAUAAUUGCGUCGGCAAGCACAUUGACGCUCUACCUAUCUCUUAUUCCCGGGGUUUCAAAGGUGGGUCAGUGGCUCGUAUUCGAAAGGAGCGGUUACAACGCAAAAUGAUGGCGGAGGAAGAAAAUACCACGUAUUAUUAUGAGGAGCAUACUGUUGAAGAAGUUGUGGAAAUAAAAAAUGUUUUCGACGCCGGAAAGUGCCAAGUGGAGAAUGUAACGGUUUAUCUUGAUCGCGCGGAAGUUUGCCGAUCUAUCAAGACGCGCAUCACUAAAGGAGAGAAUCAGAUAAACAUUAAGAGAUUAUCGCCCAGUAUCGAGAAGGAUUCACUCCGUGUCGAAGGCAAGGGGCCUGCGACCAUCUUGGAAGUGAUCUACUCAGCCACGCAGCUCUCGCCGGAAGAAGACGAGAAUGAACAGCGUCACCAGGAGGUACGGCGCCAGCUCCAUGAUCUCACCAAGCAGAAGGAGGCCAUGGAGUCCAGGAAGAAACGCCUCCAGAAACAACGCGAGGUCCUCGAUGGGUUUGCCGAUAAUCUCCUGAAGACGGAAGCUCCUGAGAAGAAUGACAAAGAGCGAGCUCAAGGUGGCCAGUCUCGAACGACAAGAAGUUCAAGUAUUACUUUUGCUGAAACUGAAGCAAAACUGCAGGUCCAAGUCCCCAACACCCUCGAUGGAAAUCUCCUGGAAGGCAUGUGUGGAUUUUUCGAUCUCUACGAAAAGCAGGCGACGAGGUUGGACGACAGUAUGCACCAGCUCGUUAUCGAUUUGGAAAGGUUGGAGGAACAGAUUGAAAAGACGGGAAAAAACUUGAAGGAAAUGGAGAUAUACAAGGAAGAACAUAUGGCUAGAGAGGUGGUCAUCCUCAUGGAAGCAACCGAAGAUGGUGAAGUCGAGCUCCUCCUAUCAUACGUGGUCAACAAGGCAAAAUGGUCGCCCCGCUACGAUAUUCGCGUCUUUAGCGGCGACAGCAGGAUGAAGUUACCGCAUUGCUACAACCUUACCAAGGCCUUGUGGUCAAACUAUUCUGAUUUCGAACAAAUCAGCCGCGAUAGUAGAAUGAAGAUUAUUUAUUACGGUAUGAUCCAGCAAGCAACCGGUGAGGACUGGGACGAAGCCAAACUGACACUUUCCACCGCCUCACCAAGUGUCGGGGGAACCGUCCCUGACCUUGGAACCCAGAGGCUCUUCUUCAAACCAAAAUAUGAUUCCCCCUAUGCCACCCUUCGACGAAACAAAACGCGAAAACCCAACAAGAAGGUCGGGCGUGCAUGGUCGUUUCAUGCGACAAAAGACGAGAAAAGUUUCCUAAAACAGUAUGGGCUUCUGUCCGACGAGGAAUCAUCAGCUAAGGAGGAAGAAAGGUCGGACAGGUCUAAAGAUGGCGACGCUAAGAACGAAAAAGAAGAACCUGCCCUCGACUUGCGUUUACGCGAUGCGGACAGCUCCGCGAUGGAGGCUGACUUGAAUGGUACUUCAGCUGUAAAGCGACGCGUCAAAUACAAGUUGUCCUCGAUGAAAUCCAGAUCAUUCACCAACGACGAUAGGAAGACUCCCCUUGGAAUAAUCAAGGAGAACAUCACGAGCACUUGCUACGAGGUCGUCCGCCAUCACACCAUCCCGUCAGACAAUGUCGCGCACAAAGUCUCCAUAGCCAUCAUAGAUUUGAACCCAGUAUUCGAAUACGAGAGCGUGCCCAAGCGCUCUCCUUAUGCAUACCUUAGGGCCAAGGUGAAGAACACUUCACCGUACGCUCUACUGGCAGGACAAACUAGUAUCUUCCUCGACAACAACUUCUGUGCUAAGGCUGAAAUCAAAGCUGUGGCACCCCAAGAAGACUUCACCUGUUCCCUCGGUGCUGACCAUGGCAUCAAGAUCGCCUACCGCCCCCUGCACAAGUAUCGCGAACACAGCGGAGCGCUGUCUAAAAACCUCACCAUGACUCACAAACAGGUCAUCGAAGUUAAAAACACUCACGCCGAACCAAUUAAAAUAUUAAUCAUGGAUCAACUCCCAUUAGCCGCAGAAGAGAAGAUCAAGGUAAACUUGCUUGAGCCCGUCAUUAAACAUCCUGAGAAGUAUGACCGCAGCAAACCAAUACGUCUCAAUAAAUUCAACAAUAUCGAAUGGGAAUUGGAGAUCCCGCCCGGCGAGGGAAAAGAGCUGACGUUGAAGUAUUCCGUGGAACAUCCCGUAGCGGAAGAAGUUGACGCGUCUAUUUUGCAUGUCACGCACAGCCAUGAAGUAUAGAGACGAUCUUAGACACACCUGUGUUGUAGUUUGAUUGAAGAUUUAGUGUCCCAUCUAUUGGGCGCUUGGAGUAUCAGGUGCAUUCAGCCCUGUUGGGAGAUUGAGGUGGAAGUCAUUUUGAAGGAAGCGCUUUAUCAAAAUUUGAUUGCUGGAAGCAGCUGAUGAUACGUCAUGAUCAUACUUUUUGGAGAUGAAUUUAACUUCUCAGGGCUAGAAUUAUAAUAUUAGUCCUUAGAGUAUGUACCACAUGGGGCAGUGCUUAUGAGUUUAAGAGAAAAAUCAGGAAAGAUUUAUUAACUGUCCUAAAAGAUUCCUCAGCGAUCGGCCUACAUUCCAUUUUCCAAAACCCUUCACUUUGGCUGACAUUUCUUUUUUCCAAGAGCUCGGACGCCUGUUUCCGAUCUGGUAGUACUCAAGCAGGCCCGAUGCAGACGCAUGGGCAUAAAUGUUGUGUGCACAUAUACAAGUAAACGCUAUCACUGUAGUGUAAUACCGUCGCUGGGAAACUGAAACGUUAAGAAUCCUGGGGGCGCCCAAAUAAGGCGCACCCCUUUAUAAGGAGAUAUGUAAUUUGUGUGGAGCUACUCUGUUUACAUGUGAAGCGAAGUACGCAAUGGAAAUUUUUUAAAUGAUCAUACCACCCAUGUCACAUGGUUGACUCAAAUAACAAGUGCAUUGUAUGCCUGGGAAUUCCAGUCAACUUGGUGACAUGGACAAUAGAUAUGUUGCUAUGGCGAUGGUGCAGGGCCUUAGAAUUGUUACUUUCUGGGCACUUUUGUUUUUAAAUCAGGAAAAAGGUUUCCCGAAUUCAGGUCAAUGUGGAAUUUCGGAUUCUUUAAUUAAUGAAUUGAAAUUUUAUGAUCUCUGUCAUGGCCAGCUUUGGGUGAAAAUUUAUAUUUCAAAACAAACGUGUAAAAGAGGCCGUUUUGAUUUAUAUGUGUGAAAAUUAUAUCAGGAGUCUUCUCAAGACCCACUUGGCCAGAAACUGUUGAUCAAGACCAAGAUGGUGGGCCAUAAACAGAAUUAAUUUGGCAGUGGAGAAUUGUUCAAUACAAAACACCCGUGAGCUGGAAAUAUUUGAGAUGUUAAGAUUAGCUCAGACUCCUGAGGACGAGACAGAGGUGAUUAUGGAGUCAGUCUUGGUAAUCAUUAUGUACAAAAUGUAUUUUGGAGACCAAAUUAUUCAAAUGCAUAACAUAAGAGCAUGUGUGCUAAAAACUGCUGUUUACAUCAGGGAUUUGAUAUCGAUGUAUAUUAUGUCUUUUAUGCUUACAAGAAUCGGGACAAAGGCUGAUAUUAAAAGCACACCAGGAAAUUAAAAGAGGCCAUCGCCACUAGCCAUUGAAUUGUAUUAUUAAAUCACUGUUGUGCAGAGUGUCAGGUCAUCAUCCCGAUGCCUAUAACCUUGGCCAUAAUUGUCACCUAUUCUAAACUGAAGUGGUCACUGUUGUCGCCAGCAGUUGUUGUUAAAAAGUGUCUGCGCUAUUUGUAAACGUGAUUGACGGCAAUUCAUAUUUUUGGUAGAGAGUUACUUUGCCGUGAUUGGUUGCUGCUAGAGUGCAUUGGCGAGUGCAAUAUGACUAGAGUGGAGUGUAGCUGAGUGCAAUGUCACUAGCUCUAGUGCAAUAUGACUAGAGUGGAGUGUAGCUGAGUGCAAUGUCACUAGCUCUAGUGCAAUGUCACUAGCUCUAGUGCAAUAUGACUAGAGUGUAGUGUAGCUGAGUGCAAUGUCACUAGCUCUAGUGCAAUGAAUUGUUGUGCACAAAUUCAGUCAAGAAGAUGCAGAGAAAUUAACUCCACCUAUUGAACUGGUCAGUGUGGCACAGAAAAAUGCCGUUUACACAUUUCGUAAAGUGUUUUUCAGAUAGAUCUCGCCAAAGGUACUUGGCUGACCUCUUGUCACCGGACUAAUAAUAAUAGUGUGGUGAUCACAAAUUGUAAUGUUACAUAGCCCUGGUUGACGCCAUGAAAGAGCUAUACUCAUUGUCUUUAGCACUGGUUAGACCUCUGGCCGGAACGUUAUCAUGAAAACACUUUAAACCCAAGUUUACCCAUGGAGGAAAUUCAGUUCACCACUUGGUAAAAUCAAUGAUGACGUGGAUCACAUCUAUGGAUGUUAUCAGGAGAACAAUUUGGUGUGCGGAAAACUUGUAUUAACCCUGGCAGUUGGAAUGAUGAUAUGCAUAUCUGUACGCCUAUAGCCUUGUGUCGUGUCCCGCUACAAUUUCAGUCUCUCGAUGUCACAACAGCUUGUCCUUAGCAUAAACUCCUGUUUACUUGUAGCAAUCUCACUGUCUGUUAGUAUUGUCAUAUAUGUGCGUAUCAGAAAAGAUUUUUUGGACUGAUUUUUUAAUGACUAAAGUACUCCUCUUAAUAGGACUUUGAAUUAGUGUCACAGUUUGGUUUGACCAUAUGCUCCUGACGUUGGGCUUUAGAUACAGUGUCCUUGCGGUUUGUACCAAGCCAGAAUAAAUAGUCCGACUGGUCAACCUUGACCUAUAUUCAUAUUGAUUCUCUGGUAUUUUUCAAUCAUGAAAAUAAAGCAGAUUUUGUUCCUGCGUGUGUUUUUUAACGGGGUAUUGCAAUUUAAAGGAAGAUGGUAUUUACGACAUGUUUUAAUUUCAAUCAAUACAGGCAUCCAAAUUUUACUUGUCCAGCUAUCUGAGUGUCCUGGCAAAGUGUUGUGAGUUAAGGACUUCUGCCCAAGAGGUUGUGGGAUCAAUUCCCUCCCUUAGUCACUUUGUUCUUUCCACGUACUACUUCUUGAACCCAGAAAAAGUCUGGGGUGCCAAAGCACGAAAAACUUGGACUCGUCAACUCUUAGUUUAUUUUCGUUGUUGCGAUAGAAAGCUUUCAAUAUGAGAUGAGAGUUUUGUAUUCUCUCUAGUUCUUGGUAGGUCAACGUAAAUGUUCUAUGUAUCUCACAUAUGUUUCCAACCUCCUGGUAAAGCCAGCUUAUUUAUUUCAUGAUGUGGACCGGUCAUCUUGGUCCGGUGCAUCAUUAGCCAUUAACUACUGUCGCCCCAAAUAUGGUCUGAUGACGUCAUGAUGCAAUUCAAGUCGACUUGUGAUGCACUAGUGCAUGGUGUUGCAUCAGUGCCACAUAAUACGCCCCAGAAAGCUGAACAGAAUGUUAUAAUGCCGUGAAACGUCUUGUACAGAAGUUGUUGAUAUUCAAAGAAGGCUUACUUAUAUUUUCAUUCCUGAUCGAGUCAACCUAUUGAAUUAAAUGUAGUAGGCGUUCCAAUGAAAGUUAGGGUUUUCCGUGGAAAACUGGCAGAUUUAUGAGAAUGAAAGAAUAUGGGAGUUUUUUGUGUGAAAGAAAAAUGUAUACUAAUUUAUGUUAUUGGUAGGGAUAUAAUAUAUUGCCAAUUUGUAGUUUUGGCGUUUUUGGUUGCACUCCAUAAUUAUGGUUUUUGGAACUGUAAAAAAAUUGAGAUUUUUUCCAGACAUGGCAGCCUCACUGUGCAGGAGGUACUGAAAUCUCCUGCCUCUCUCAAGCAUUGCCCAAAGUGAACAGAAUGGUAUAAGAGAACUUGAUUAUCCCGAGGUUUUAAUCAGUUACAUCACAUUAUGUGAUCCUCACGACCUAUGAAUUUGAAUGAGAAAAUAACUAGUCGAGGCUCAAAACAUGCUGCAAUCAAGCACUGUGUUGUAAUAAUUUGAGAUCCGUCUUUUCACAAUUAUUUUAUGUUGCUAGUCUUCAGUCAGGUAGGAAUCCCCAAAAGGCGAGUUGUUGCUAAUUUAAGCAUAGCCUCUCGAAACUCCUUGGUCGGACAAUGCCAAGAGAUGUCACUGCGUAACCACUGUGUACGAAUGAUCGACAGGGCUAGGGCAGGGGGAGGGCAAAUGCGUCAUUAUGUCACCAAAAAAGUGAUUUCGACCAUGAUUUUGGCCACAUUCCUGGCUCCGCCCCUGUGCGAAGGGCGAAACUACCUGAUUUGCCUACAACUCACAAUUUGGGGAUCUUUGCCUGACUGGUCUUUUGUAUCAGCUGGUAUGGCGUAAUAGUUGUAUUUCCAAUUUAACGAGAGAAUUUAAAGUAAAUCCUUGCAUCUCAAUUAACCAUUUUCAUAUAUGCGUCCAGCCAUAUAGUUUCUAUGCGAUUUUUGGUCACGGUUUUUGUACAGCGUUAGUUAUUUUGUCCAAAAGAGCGAUUUUCACGUUGAGUUCAUGUCAUCCUGACCAUUUUAAUUGUACAAAUUUUCAUACAUUUUAUAAAGGAUGUGUAUAUGUUUAUGCACAUUGGAAAGGAAUAUUUUGUGCAGAAGAAUCGAAAAUGAGUGUCUAAUUAAUUGUGUCUAAUAUAUGUUUGUGUAGUAUAGUCGCAACAAAAUGCUUUUGAUGUGGAAUUUAGAGGAUAGCUGAAUUUCGUAGACGUCCUGAAAUCAGAAUUUUGCUUAGCAGUAAAUGUCCAAAGCUGGUAUAAGUAUAGUAAACCUGAAAACGUAACACCGCGAACUCAACCUCAGUGGUAAACUCGGACCAUGUUUGGUGGAACCAGGCCUAAUGAUAAGCUAUGUGUUUACUUUCAACAGCUAAUAAGUGUUCUGCUAAAAUGUGAUGGCAGCAUUUAGCUCUUAGCUUCAUAUUAUGUAACCAACAUUGUAUUUUCUCAGAAUCCAUGUCGCUCUAUGUCCAAUCCUUGUAAUAAACUCCACUUAAAGAGAAA